AUCCAUUUAAGCACUUGGAGGAGAAGCCCACUGUAUGCCUAAAUGCCCUCCAGGGGACUCUGCCUGCCUAUGUAGGUACCAACAGGUGCUUACAACUGCCCCAGUACCCUGUGCUUUCACCAGCUGGGCCACCUUGGGACCCUAGCCUCUGCAUUCCUAAAUGGGCACAAUAAAUACCAAAUACACAGCAUUUGUAGUGAAUCUGGUCUAUGUGAGGCACUCAAUAUGGUGCCCGGCAUAUAGUAACAACUCAAUAAACAGUAACUAUCAAGGUUUCAGCCAGUUCUCAUCUGUGCAAUUGUAUUAUUUCUGUAGAAGGAGGAACAUACAUUAACAAAAUACCUAGAGAGGUGAAAGAAAGAAGUUAAAAGAAUAAUGACUUAAAUCUGCCAAAAUCAAGAAGAAACUACCAGUGAGGCAGUAACUAUUCGCAAAGUGCCAUGACCUACCCUCCUCAACUCCACCGAUUUUCUACCCAAUUUUCCUUUACCUUGUUCCCUCAAACUAAAGUAUUUCCCUAUGUACAUCUCAAAUCUCCAUGUUAUUUAGCCCAAGGAUACAAUGCAGUUUUAGAAAUUACAACCUUUGUUGUAUUUCCUUUCUUACAUUUAGAACUUGCAGCGUUUGACCCAAUACCCAUUUAUUUUUUGAAAGCCCGUGUGGGAGCUAAUUGACUUUCCAGGAAGUUCUUUGCCAAUCCUCCCCUAAAAAGGUUUCUCCUGUGUUUGUAUCUGGUAGCAAUUCUACAGUUUUCAACAUUUGGAACUCUGGUAUUAUAAUUGUGCUUGAAGUAUCUACACAGAAAUGGUCUGUUUCAUCAUCCCCUGAGCUCGGCCUGUGUGUGGAUGUGACAUUCCAGUGGAAGGAAGCCAAGAGCCUAUAGUAGCGAUCCUGGGGAAAAUUUAAGCAGCUGUGGCUGUGUAAUUCAAAACCUCUGAAAAGUGUGCUGCAGUCCGUGCACAGCAUUAGUAUAACAUGAGGGCUGGAUGUAGCCCGUCCUCCGGAGGACUUCCUUGCCCGCUGCAGGAAAGAGAAGAUUGAAAGACAAACCUGGGUGCAGCCGGAAAGGUCCAAAUAGAUGAGCUUGUGGCAUCCAUCCCCUAAAUUCAGGGACUCCAUCGAACCUCAGCUGGGUCUCAUCGUUCCGAAUUGCAUUAGUUAAGAUUACCCAAGCUUGCAUUUCAAAGGAAUACUUUCAUCGUUCCCUCUGUCACCCCAAGUAAUUGGGGCCAGCUGGAUGUCAGGAUGCGCGUGGUUACGGUGGUUACGGUGGUAAUUCUGCUCUUCUUUUGUAAAGCCGCGGAGCUCCGCAAGGCCAGCCCUGGGGGCUCGAGAAGCAGAAUGAAUCAUGGCCGGGCGGGUGGGAGCAGGAGAGGCUCCAACCCCGUCAAACGCUACGCGCCAGGCCUCCCCUGCGAAGUGUACACGUAUCUUCACGAGAAGUACUUAGAUUGUCAAGAAAGAAAACUAGUUUACGUGCUGCCUGACUGGCCUCAGGAUUUGCUGCAUAUGCUGUUAGCAAGGAACAAGAUCCGCAUACUGAAGAACAAGAUGUUCUCCAAGUUUAAGAGGCUGAAAAGCCUGGAUCUGCAGCAGAACGAGAUCUCCAAAAUUGAGAGUGAGGCUUUCUUUGGUUUAAAUAAACUUACUACUCUCCUCCUGCAGCACAACCAAAUCAAAGUCUUGACAGAGGAAGUGUUCAUUUAUACGCCUCUCCUGAGCUACCUGCGUCUCUAUGACAACCCCUGGCACUGUACUUGUGAGAUGGAAACGCUUAUUUCAAUGUUGCAGAUUCCAAGAAACCGGAAUUUGGGGAACUAUGCCAAGUGCGAAAGGCCACAAGAUCUAAAAAACAAAAAGCUGCGGCAGUUAAAAUCUGAACAGUUAUGCAAUGAAGAAGAAAGGGAACAAUUAGACCCGAAACCCCAAGUGUCAGGGAGACCCCCAGUCAUCAAGCCCGAGGUGGACUCGACUCUUUGCUACAAUUACGUGUUUCCCAUACAAACGCUGGACUGCAAACGGAAAGAGCUGAAGAAAGUUCCAAACAACAUCCCUCCAGACAUUGUUAAACUUGACUUGUCAUACAAUAAAAUCAACCAGCUUCGACCCAAGGAGUUUGAAGAUGUUCAUGAGCUAAAAAAAUUAAACCUCAGCAGCAAUGGCAUUGAAUUCAUAGAUCCUGCUGCUUUUUUAGGACUCACACAUUUAGAAGAGUUAGAUUUAUCAAACAACAGUCUACAAAACUUUGACUAUGGCGUAUUAGAAGACUUGUAUUUUUUGAAACUCUUGUGGCUCAGAGAUAACCCUUGGAGAUGUGACUACAAUAUCCACUACCUCUACUACUGGUUAAAGCACCACUACAACGUCCACUAUAACGGCCUGGAAUGCAAGAUGCCCGAAGAAUACAAAGGGUGGUUUGUGGGAAAAUAUGUUCGCAGUUACUUUGAAGAAUGCCCCAAAGACAAAUUACCAGCCUACCCUGAGACAUUUGAUCAGGAUCCGGAAGAUGAUGAAUGGGAGAAGAUUCAUAGGGAUCACACAGCCAAGAAGCAAAGUGUAAGAAUCACUAUAGUGGGAUAACUUAGGAAUUGUUUUGGUUGCAACUGUUUUGAGUUUGCUAUACCGGUGUCAGAAAACCAUAUGUUUACAUUUCGAUUAACUGUGUUGCCUAUUUAUGCAGGGUUAUCCAGUUACAGGAAGGUUCCCUUAAUUAUUAUUUUUAUUGUGAGAAAUUCUAGCAACCAAGGGAAUACUUCCAUCCCGCUUGCCUGCCUGUUUGCAGACCGGCCUUUGGUGACGGUUCCACACUGGUAAACUGCGGGAGUUGGGUCCUAAUGAUGGCAUUGGAAUUUCAUAACAUCCUGUAUAUAUGUUUUUACUGCCUUUUGAAAAUAAAAUUUUUAAAAACUUG